AUUACGGUGGCUGGCGAAAUAGCCUCACGAUCAUUGCACUCAUUGUAUCAUGAAGAACUCGACAAAACGCUAUCACUUCACAAGGGUGCUCGCAUCCCAUCAGUCGUUCAAAGUUGUUGAUCAAUCGGAAAAGUUCGGACGAACAAAUUCGGCAGAUCACGUGCAGAUGCAGGUUCAGUAAGGAGUGCCGAGAGCCUUACGUCCGCAGCAGUCUUGAACUCCCCAUGGGACGCAGGAAGAUUGAGAUACAACCCAUCCUGCACGACAGGAACCGGAGCGUGACCUUCCUCAAGCGCAAGAAUGGUUUGUUCAAGAAAGCGUUCGAGCUCGGUGUCUUAUGCUCCGUCGAUGUUGUCGUCGUCGUCUUUGGGCACAACCAAAAAUUAUACGAGUACUCAUCUGCGGCUAAUGGCAGUACGUCUCGAAUACUAGAGAGGCGGAGAAACGCGAAAAGGAAUCAAAGGGUCCACAGGACUUUGGUGGGGACAAAGGCGAUCCCGAGGAUGAUAGCGAUGAAACCCCACCGCAGCCAUCAGCAAGUAAAAACGUUCAGAAAACUGUUUCGUCCUCCAAUGCAAAGUCCCAAACCAUGAAGCCGACGAGAGGACGAUCACGUUCUCCACACGAGCACGAACAUAGCGACGGUCGCUCCUCAUUCGAGUCAUCCCCUCCCCUCCCUACUAUCAGACGAUCAACU